GUGCUGCUGGCAGGCCGGCGGCGCGCGCCGAGGCGGGCGCAGAGCGGCGGGGACGGGGCCGGUGGCGGCGGCAGCUCGGGGUCGGGCUCCUCGGGGUCGCGGUCGCGGUCGCGCCGUGCCCUCGCCAAGCGGCGCCUCGCGCGGCCGGGCCCGCCCAUGGGGCUGUAGCGGCGCCCGCUGAGGAGGAGCGGGAGGGGAGCGGGAGCCGCAGCCAUGCAGCAGGUACUGGAUAACCUUACUGAUCUGCCAACUUCAACAGGCGCUGAAGAAAUAGACCUGAUUUUUCUCAAAGGAAUUAUGGAAAACCCUAUUGUAAGAUCACUUGCUAAGGCUCAUGAGCGACUAGAAGAUUCUAAACUUGAGGCUGUCAGUGACAACAAUCUGGAGCUGGUGAAUGAAAUUCUUGAAGACAUCAGUCCCUUAAUAAAUAAAGAUGAGAACAUUGCAGAAUUGGUUGGAAUACUGAAGGAGCCUCAUUUUCAGUCACUCUUGGAAGCACAUGAUAUUGUGGCUUCAAAAUGUUACGAUUCCCCCCCUUCUAGCCCAGAAGUCAAUAAUUCUUCAGUGAACAACCAAAUUGUUCCAGUAGAUGCUAUUCGUAUUCUUGGAAUUCACAAAAGAGCAGGAGAACCACUGGGUGUUACGUUCAGAGUUGAGAACAAUGAUCUGGUAAUAGCACGAAUUCUCCAUGGUGGAAUGAUAGAUCGACAAGGUCUUCUGCACGUAGGUGAUAUUAUUAAAGAGGUGAAUGGCCAUGAAGUUGGAAACAAUCCAAAGGAACUGCAGGAACUGCUGAAAAAUAUUAGUGGCAGUGUCACUCUGAAGAUUCUCCCCAGCUACAGAGACACUGUUAUUCCUCAACAGGUUUUUGUGAAGUGUCAUUUUGAUUAUAAUCCGUAUAAUGACAACCUCAUCCCAUGCAAAGAAGCAGGUUUGAAAUUUUCUAAAGGAGAAAUUCUUCAGAUCGUAAACCGUGAAGAUCCAAAUUGGUGGCAGGCUAGUCAUGUCAAAGAAGGAGGAAGCGCGGGGCUUAUUCCUAGCCAGUUCCUGGAAGAGAAGAGAAAGGCUUUUGUUAGGAGGGACUGGGACAACUCAGGGCCUUUCUGUGGAACAAUAAGCAGCAAAAAAAAGAAAAAGAUGAUGUAUCUCACUACAAGAAAUGCAGAAUUUGAUCGUCAUGAAAUCCAGAUAUAUGAGGAAGUAGCCAAAAUGCCUCCUUUUCAGAGGAAAACACUGGUCUUAAUUGGUGCCCAAGGAGUGGGGCGAAGAAGCUUGAAGAACAGGUUUAUAGUACUGAAUCCUACUAGGUUUGGAACUACGGUGCCAUUUACUUCACGAAAGCCAAGGGAUGAUGAAAAGGAUGGGCAAGCAUACAGAUUUGUGUCACGAGCUGAAAUGGAGAUGGAUAUUAAAGCUGGCAGAUACCUAGAGCAUGGAGAAUAUGAAGGAAAUCUUUAUGGCACUAAAAUUGAUUCUAUCCUUGAAGUUGUUCAGACAGGAAGGACCUGCAUCUUGGAUGUGAAUCCACAGGCCCUGAAAAUACUGAGGACUUCAGAAUUCAUGCCCUAUGUAGUGUUUAUUGCUGCUCCGGAGCUGGAGACUUUGCGUGCUAUGCAUAAGGCUGUGGUAGAUGCUGGAAUUACAACCAAACUUCUCACUGACACUGAUUUGAAAAAAACAGUGGAUGAAAGUGCCCGGAUCCAGCGAGCGUACAACCACUAUUUUGAUCUGACCAUUGUAAAUGACAACCUAGACAAAGCCUUUGAGAAGCUACAGACUGCUAUAGAGAAACUGAGGCUGGAACCACAGUGGGUCCCAAUUAGCUGGGUCUAUUGAGCUUGCUGAAGAUGAGCAUAAGUAACAAAUAAAAUCAACUGCAGCAAAUAAACUAAUGUGACAAGAUGUUGUGUAGAUACCAACGAUAACCUGCGGCACCUGUGCGUUUUUACUCUGUGUAUAUUCAGAAGUACACUAUUCUGACUUUUUAUAAAAAAAAUGUUGAAGGGAAAGUGUACUUAAAUAUGUAAUUUAUUUUAAUUUUUCUAACUUUUUACAGAUAACCUUUCUAUUCAUAUCACAUGAAGGAAAUGCGUUUAAGCAUUUUGUAUGUUUUGAUUUAGUACCUUUGCCUUUUUCAUCUGAGAAACUUUCAGUCAUUCACUUUAACAUUUACAUCUUGGUCUUACAUUUUCACUGUGAUUAAAAAGAGGAUACUUGAAACAAUUUUUGUAAAACUUGUUAAUGUCAGUGUUUAACUGGUCAAGAGUCUGUAGCUUUUAUUAGGAAAGAACACUAAUUUCUUUUCUUCUUGUUUUUUUCCUUAAAAAGUAAUAAUGUAAUGGGAGCAAAACUCUAAAUACUAAAAGCAACAACCAACACCCAGCUCCAUUGCUCCAGCUUCUUUCUGCUUAAUGUUGAUGCAUUCUUGAUGUUUCACAACUUCCUGAUGUCUCUUGAUUUAGACAACUGUACUGUUCUGUAGGUUCCCUUAUACGUGUCUCUUAAAAUAACAUAAAGCAAUACCUUGCAAGCUUGGUUAGUUCUUGGGAGCUAACCUGUUAGCCUGUUAUGGGUGAAGUACCUACGUUAGAAAGCCUGAAUGCAAGGUAUUUCAGUACGAUGGUGAAGUAGCCUAGAGAGAAUCUGAUAAAGUGGAGCCUUGUAGAGUGAAGCUUAAUGUUUAGCACUGUUUUUUCACAUUUGUGAAAACACAUUGCUUAAAAAAAAAAAAAGGAAAAAAAAACAGUAUUUUCUUUUCUUAGGACAUUGUUUGAUAUUUAUAUAGUGAUCUGUGGCUUAAUUUCCUGUGAUAUUUAGCUGAGUUCUCUAUUAUCUUUUGGGAUAUUUGUGUGAUAAACUGUUGUAUUUUUGAGUGUGAUAUAAUGGAAUUUCUGUGCUCUUUGUUGCAUUGUGGUUUUAAUUGAUUUUUUCAUCCAAUAGCUUGUGAAUUGGAAGCUUACUGCUAAAAAGCGAUGUUGUUUAUACUGUUUUUGUUUUACAACAUUUUCGUUUAGGUUUAGUGACAAUUCUCCCCUUAGUAGGCUCAUUAGUGCAGCUCAUAUUAGCUUUAAGUUCAUUCAUCAAAACUUAUGCUAAUGUAAAUUUCUGCUUGACAAGAACAAAAUGAAAAUAUAGCUUGUCACUAAGACUAGCUCUUUUUGUGCUCACAUUUUAUAUUACCAUCUUAGCUGUUGUAUAUAGUAACAUACACCAUCAAUUAUCAGGUUAGGUGUCUAAACACAAGUCAUCUAUUUGCUUAAUUGCACUUCCACCUGGUGACAGGCACCUGGCUUCUGAAUUCUUUUUCAACACCAAAGCGUGACACAGAAUGCUGUCAAAAAGGCAAUGUCCUCAGAACUGUUUCUGAAGGAAAAGAAGCUUCUACACUGGAAAUCAGUGUUGUUUUCGGGGCUCUUAAAUACUGCUAUGUGCACGAGGGAAACUGUUGAUUUGUACUACAGGAAAAGUGUAAAUCUGAAACAAAACAAAAUCAAAAACACCCCACCUGUAUACUACAGAUGAUAUUUAAAACACCUAUAAAGUUGGUUGUUUGGUGAACGGGGAGGGUGGGGAGCAAUGUGAGAUCCCAGUGUAUUUGGAAAAUAUGAGUCAAAAAUGUGUGUAAGCACAGGUCGUCGGUGCAGCUGUUAAUACUGAGAUUUCAGUCUUUUAGAGGAAAUCUGAAAUUUUCUAAGGAAAAUUUGUACCACUACUUUGCUUUAUUGUUACAGUUUUCAGGAUGUGUUUGCUCUGGUUUUGUUUAAGUUUGGCAGAGCUUUUAAGCAUGGCAGCAGCACAAGACCUUUAUUUGCCUUUCCCAGGAGACGUGUUCUGUGAUCCUGUCGCUCAGAGGCUGCUUUGAGAAAUGGAUCAAAUGUUUUAUGUAGCAGAAAAGAUAGCAGAGCCAUUGCUUGACUAUUUUGAUGACUUACUCUUGGCACUACAAGCUGAACGUGACUGAACUGUGUUUGUAUGCUGUGUAAUAGAAGACCUACAUAUGCUGUAAAUAAGAUGUGCUAACUGGACAGAUACGAUGCCUUUUCAUUGUAAGUUAGAAAAUGCUCUAUUCGUGAUGCCAAAAGUGGGCUGAGCUCACUCUUCCUCAAGUAACGGAAUGAGAAGAUUCUUCAAUUCCGAUGUUGUUGUUUCUAUUGCAAAUAUCACUCAUUUUCAUCUGUUUUUUUUCAUACACUUAGCCAAAUGAAUCACAUGAAACGUGGGCACCAAGGUUUAGUAAGGAAAACCGUACUCCUCCUAUUUCCAUCUCAGAGAUCACGCUGUCAGAAUGCCAACCUAGUGAGCAGUCUCCAAGUAGCCAUGCAUUUGCUAAAGGCUAAAACUUCAGCUUGUGCUUAAGCUCCACAUAGCGUUUUAAAAUCUAGCACAUUUAAGUUAGCACAGCAGAGCCUAGCAGCUGACCCGGUGCUGUUAAUGUCGAUGCUAAUGAGAAGUACGAUUCUGAAGCAGUAAGAGAUGGGUUGCUUAGGCUGCAGUCAAGGAUCAUUAUCAAAGUGACUGCAGGUUUUAAUUGGAUGGUCACGUGCAAGUGUUUAAAAAAAAA